UUGCGUUUGGACGUUCCCUCGUUACUCCGAGUUCGACACCACAGUACCGCGGUUGGUUUGAAGUGAGAGAAGAUCUUUCGGGAGGAGAAGACAAGUGUGGUGUGGCGUGGCGCAGAAUUUGUGGUCGCGUGGUGCUUUUCACGUGCUGCUGCUGCAGUAGAAUCUCCAGCUUCUUGAAGUGUAACACAUUUUUGCGUGUGCUGGGAGGAAUCUGAACAGAUACGAUACGUUGCGUACGCAACUCGUUACCAGAGCAAGUCGUUUGCUGGAAUUGUUCAGGUGUACCUUACCGCGGUCGGUGUGGUUCGGCUUUUGAGGUGUGUUAUUUGAUUUUUGGUUUUGGGUCAGCGGUAAACCACGAGACCUGGCCUGGGAACAGCUGUGGAACAAGUGAGAAGCCUAAAAAUAACACCGGAGAUCCCUCGUCGAGUGGGCUGUUUGUGUGCGCGGGGGAGUGUUUUCAAACCGAGUGAGAGCAAGGCGGAGGGGUGGCAAGAACAUCAACAACUCCUCGAACCAGAGGCGCUCCACUGCGGUCGUCGGGAUGAUGAGUGUCUACGCGAUAGUAUUUGCAGCAGUGAAGCUCGUAAGCCGGUGGAUUUUCGCUCGGAAUUGAACACAGAAAAUCGUGGGAUUCAGUAACACACGUGUGAUAGUGCUUGGAUUUUUUUUUUAUAUUUUCGGGAAAAUUGAAAACAAAAACGUUGACAUUCGAACGGAACCGCUUGUGUUUGACCAAAAGUGAGCAUAAAAGCUACGCGAUUAGCAUUCGACAAAAUGCUACUCCCAACGAUUGUGGCCCUGCUGCUGGUGGCCUACAACAGCCGGCCGGAGGCUUCCGCCGCCAGCCUGGCCUCGGCCAGCUCAGUUUAUGUAGAAAAAUCCGCGUACAAAAAUGUCGUCAUCGAGAUAAGGGAUAACGUGCCGGUGGAGAACUGCCAAACGAUUCUGCACAAUGUGGAGAUCAUGCUAACUUCGGCAUCGCAGUACCUCUUUUCGGCGCUGGAUGGCCGCAUCUACUUCGGGGACGUUACGGUCAUCCUGCCGGCCCAUUGGCCCAAUUCGUGCAUCCCGUACAACCAAACGCGAACUUCGGCUAGCGGAGAGCGCGUCGAUGUCACCAUCAAAACGCACUCCAAGACAGAAUCCUCGAUUUGGACGAAACAGUACGCCGGUUGUGGGGAGCCCGGCGAUCAGAUCUACAUCGACUCGGACAUCUUGGGACGGGAUACGAUCGGUCGUGAGUUUGUGCGUGAGUGGGCUAAAUAUCGGUAUGGAAUUUUUGAUGAAAUCGGUUUUACAAAAGAUCCGAUAUAUCCACGUUGCUACAUCAACGAUGAUCACGAGCUUAAGCUGACGGGAUGUUCCGAUGCGCCUGUGCACGACCGUGGUCUCUGUGGCAAUCCAGCGUCGUACAACAUUAGCGACAUUAUCGAUCGGAAUGCCCGUUCUAGCAUUAUGUUUGCUGCGGAAGCUCCCAGCGUGACUAUGUUCUGCGAUGAAGGUACUCACAAUCGGUACGCUCCCACCAAGCACAACCAGCUGUGCGAUCGACGCAGCACGCUGGAUGUCAUCCUAAAGCACGAUGACUUCAUUAUGAACAACCAAAUAAACGUGAAUCCGUCCAUUAUUGUAAACACGACCCCCAAAUUUAGCUACAAAACACGAAAAUCCACCCGUUACGUAAUCAUCAUAGAUGAAACCCUGGACAUGCAACUGCGAGAAUCGUGGAGUUUCCUACGAAGCGCUAUCCGCAAGUGGGUAGUGUAUGACCUCCCAGCCAACACCGAGGUCGGAAUGGUCCUCGCGAACGACACAGCCACCGAAAAGAUGCUCCAAAUUUCCCCGCUCUACAUCCAGGAAAACAAAGACCUGGUUGCCUCGUUCAUCCCAUACUCCCCAAGCGAUUCCCGACAACCCGCUUGUCUAACCUGCGCCGUUACAGACGCGAUUCACAUGCUGAACGAACGCACCCGUAUGAACGGACCAGCAAACUCAAUCAUCCUAAUCAUCGCUCCCGGUAUGGAGUAUUCCAUCGAUCAUACGUCCCUUGCAAACGCCGCCCGAUCCUCCCAUAUCCGCAUCUCGACCAUCAACUACCCGAACGUAAUCCGGCGUCAACCGCUGGACGCUCUAGCCCUAACCACCGACGGCACCGCGUACUCCGUCUUCGAAAGCAAGUACAACCUCGAAAAAAGCUACCUUACCACCUACUUUGAGCUGUCCAACACGCUCUUCAACAUCGGCAAGCUCUACUACGAGGGCAACAGUAACGAUCUCCCGAUCGAGAUCUACCGCCGCGAGCUGGUCGACUCGGAUGACAACGAUGCGAGUCACCUGCUCUCGAAGCGCACCAGCCGCACCGUGGACGGUACGUUCACCCUUGAUUCGUUCAUGGGACCACCGGCGUAUUUCUUCGUGUACGUCCACAAUCCGGAGUAUCCGCUGAUUGCGAGCAUCAAGUUGACCAGCCCGAGCGGUAUUGUUUACUCGUCUAGAAGUGACGCUAGAUCGUUGGUUAAGCAGCUGAUGGUGUCGGCAACGCUCAACGAGACCGGCAGCUGGAGCUACAAGAUCGAUCGGUUCAACGGGAAUCCCCAGCCGCACUUCGUUCAGGUGAUCGCCACUCCCCGCUCAAAGUACGCUCCUACGAUUCAGGCUAGAUCGUGGAUUCGACAGCGCAACGGAGGUCCUCCAAUUAUCUACGCCGAGGUGAAGAAGGGUGAUCUGCCGAUCAUUGGCGCGCUGGUUGAAGUUGUCGUGACGCGUCCGGAUGGAAUCUGUCCCGCUGGAAGUGGAAAUGAGUGUCGACAGAAGUUCCGCUUGCUCGACUCUGGCUCUGGAGAUCCCGACAUCACCCGUAACGAUGGAAUCUACUCGCGCUACUUCAAUGCGGAUGACUUUGGCGGAGCGGGAGCGUAUCAGUUUGAGGUUACGGCUACGGAUAACGGAAACAUGGCGUACACGCGAUCGGAAAGUGUACUGAAAAAUGCCCCGCCGAGAUGUUGCGGAAGCGCGAUCCGUACCUCGCUGAUGGCUUCAAUGGUUCCGUUCCAGCGGACGAUGCCACCGAUUUCAGUGUUCCUCUCGCAAGAUCAGCUGGAUGAGGUUGGAUUCCGGACGAUGGGAAAGAUCAGCGAUUUAAUUGUGGAUGUUGAAGGGAUGAGAGUGAGACUGAAUUGGACGACUCCGGACAUGGGAGGCCGAAGCAUCGCUCGGUACGAGAUCAAGUACGCAACGUCGAUUCGGGAUAUUGUAGACUAUUUCGAUACGGCUUCUUUCCUGUGGCAUCACGAUCAACCGCUAAUCAAUCCGACCGGUGACGAAAGCUCGUUCACAAUGAACCUAUCCCAUGAACAGCAUCUGAUUGGACAAGUUCUGUACUUUGCCAUUCGUGCCCAUGCGUUAGGUGUUUCUGGCGCUACCGUUUCGAACUACGUGAGGGUGUUUGUUCCCAAGCCUAAGCGAGCCACAUCACUGUCUCCAACCACUUCUAUUGGAACCGAAAGCUACGAAAACGUGUGGUCAUCGUAUGACGAAAUCCACGAUCAUCACAAUCGCAGAGUUAACAUUCAUCAACGGAUUGCGGACACGAUCAGUUUAGAAGUGGAAGUUUUGCUCGCAAUCAUUGCAGGUGUUAUUUUCCUGAUUAUUAUCAUUUUGGUGUGCUGUUACUACUUUUUCAUCAAAAAGCGCAACAGUGUCCAGGAAGAUGACCAAAAGCGCCCGAUCAAGCCGUUUACCACCGAAACCAAGACUUCGCUAGGUCACAGCGUAUUCGUAACGCCGGGCAACGUUACUUCGUCAUCUUCCAACGCCACCAGUUCGACCUCUGCCUCGCCAGAUUACGUCCAACAGACGAACGUAACCCCGAACAUCCCCACGAUCUACAACUCUCGAACGCUUCCGCUCGAACAAAAGCUGAUCGACGAGCUGAAACAGCAGCAACAGAUAGCCGACACCCAGUCGUACAUCCUGCAGAACGCAAACGAAACCGUCAAUUACAACAACACGCUAUCCCGCGGUUACAACCCAACCCCAACGAUCAACCACGACAACCGAACGCUCAGUCCGUUCGAGUCCUGGUCGGCAUCGCAACUCCUCCAGGAACACGAGCAACACCAACGGCGGCGCAGCCCUAGCCUCAUCGACAACUACAUGGACAACGACGUCCAGCAGUUCUACGCUAGCCAACACGAUCAAAUGUCCUUGCUGAACAACAACCCUCCGGUGCCACCACCGCCGAUCUACUCCACGGCCAACCCACCGUACUUCUACGAACCCCAGCAGUCCCAUCAACUGGCACAGCACCCACAUCCGCAUCAACUCCAGCAACAUCAGCAGCAACAGCUUCCACCCCAACAAUACAGCCACGAUGCGCUGAACCCGAUGACCACACCACUCCACGUGACCAUAACGUAAUAGCCGGCGGCCGACGCUGAAGCCGAAGCCGUGCAAAGCAUUGUACCUUCACUAGAGAAACCAGAUGCCAGAGAAACCGAUACGAGAUAAGAAGUGGUGGACAAGGUGAUCGUUGCGAGCGCGAUGUGUGGAGGCUGUGAUCAGAGAGGGAGUUCUGCUAGGAGUAGGAUAAUGAAGUAGGAGGAAUUUCAACACGCGCGCGCACACAACAAAAGUUUGAUUGCCAGAAAGACUGAUUUCAAGCUGAGGGCACUUUAGGAUUUAGUUAUGAGAUUUUGCACCAAACCGGGAUUGAGUCAUACAGAAAAGGGGCAGAAGAAACCAUAGUUUUCUGUUACAAAGAUUGCAGCAGCGCACUAGUGUGUUGAUUUGACAAGAGAUAACAAGAUAAUUACUGUAUAUUUGCGAAACCCCGUUCAGAGAGAAUACAAUACUACAGAUGCUCAUUCAGCUAGGAAGGAAAUUGAUCGAUGUUGCUAGUCCGUGAUUCAAAGUGUUAAACUCCAAGUUGCUUUGGGUCGUUCAAUUUUGUAUGUAGGCUUUAGAAACAUUUGGAUAUAAGAAGAGAUUAAAAAGCUGUAAAUAAAAUUGUAUGAAUAAAGAAAUGAUGUAACUCGUAA